AUGCCGGCGAGAAAAGAAGCACGAAACGCGUGUUUGCCAUGCUCAUUAAGGAAGCGCCGAUGUGAUCGGGUCAUGCCAGCUUGUGGCUGGCGAAAUAUCCCCUGUAAUUAUUCUGAUCAAUAUCUACCUGGUCCAAACCAGAUCUUCCAGUUGCUCGUUCAGCCAUGCCACGCCGCCGGACCCAACGGGGUACGCAACACCGAUCUCGACUAUUUACUGACUGCACAUCUUUUCGAUACACUUCAGAAAUUGACACUUGAUCUGGGAGACAUUGUCGAAUGUUUUCUGCUGUUCGUUCAGCCCUGGAUUCCAUUAGCUCAUCCGCAGACUCUGCGACGAAAAGCUUUGUCGUUGCGCGGGGAUCCUUCGGCCGAGCUGGCAGCCUUUCUCCUCCACAUCCUGCUUGUUAAUCCGCCCACCUCGCUUCCUUCUUUGCGACCUGUUUUACCCGUACUGUAUGAAGAAUGCAAGUCUCUAUUUUAUCUUCUGCAAGCUCGCCGUCCAGACCGCCUACUCACUAUCCAAUCUGGUCUCUUGCUCGCCGUUUAUGAACAAGGCAAUUGCGGCUCCUCUGAUGCAUAUAUCAGCCUUGCAGCUUGUGCCGGCCUGGCACAUGUCAUGGGACUUGGUCAGUCUUUUGAGCGUACGAGCUUAGCCACUGAUGAGGGCAGCGAAGACCGGGAGCGAGCGUGGUGGGCUCUCUAUUACCUCGAUAGACUCAACUAUUUCUCCGACGAGAAAUUAGCUCGCAUGCUCCUCCUUCGGGAUCCGAUGGGGGGCACUCUCCCCAGAGGCGGGCCCUUAUUCGGCUGUCGCGACGCAUGGGCAAGGUCUGCACUAUCAACCGUCCCACCAGUGCCUGGCGAGGAUUUAAUGGCUGCUGGCACUUUCGGAGAAUUUAUCCAGGCCAUGCAUCUCGUGGAAUGUGUCCUACAGCUGACGAGAGAACCUUCCGUCCACCCCGGAACACUUGUGGAUCAGGAAUCCUGGAAGCUUGAUAUGCUCAUCCAGCAAAAGAUCCAUAACAGUCUAGCCUAUUGCCAACCCCUGCAUCACCAGUAUAUGGUGGUCGCGAUAUACCUCAUGGCCCACAUUGAAUUGCAUGAGAAAAGGCUAGUGUCCUUCAACCGUCAAGGGGACCCUCUCUCUGUCCGGGAGUCUUCAAUAGCCGCUCUCGAAAUGGCUCUAAGUAUUAUUGGGGAACUCAUGACAGUGGACCAUGUCUUUAAGAUUCUCGAAAUUGAGAGGCUACCAGUGCUGGCUGUUGUUUUGUUCGAGAAGAUGGCAUCCAUGGCAAUUUUAUUGCAAUCGUGGCACGGCCGUAACAUGGAAGAUGAAGUGCAAGCAUUGCAAAAGGGAAUGGAGAGAGCGAGCAACAGAUGGAAAGUUAUAGGUGGGUGGCUUAUAUUGUGUUUCCCUGAGCCCCAAUCCCAACAGCUCAACGGUCACAGGUAG